CGUUGUGGUUUUAAUAGAUUUGUACUUAUCACAAAAUUUUCCUCAUAUAUAUUUAUACACAUAUAUAAAUAUAUACAUAUUCAUAUAUAACUUUAUGUUUACAUUAAGUUCAAUAAAAAAAAACUUAGCACCAGAUGAUUCUACAAGCAGUUUACUUAUUGGCAAUGUAGUCUCUCCUAUGUCGUCAGAGGAUAUACGCCGUCUCGUACCAACUGCACGCCGCUGGUAUUAUAUCUCUAACGUCAUGAGGACUGAUUUUGUUGCUGAAUUCGAUACUAAAAUUCGUGCAAGGAAAGCAUAUGAGCAAAUCAAGGGAGUUUUGUACCUAAACCAUCCGCUUGAGGUAACCUUUGUACAUCAUAAGGCCACUAGCACGGAUUUUUUCGAUAGUUGUACACAAAGUGCGCCGCAAUUAUUUUUUGCUUUACCACCAGCUGAUGAAUUUGACCAGCAUCUGAAAGAAGCAAGAAAGUCUAUUAGCUCAUUAUCCCCUAUUCCACCUUCUAAACAACGCUGGGUUGAUUUUACAGUGUAGAUAAGUAUUUGAUGGAUAACAAUAGAUAUUAAUUACCGUGUUAUUUGAAGAAGUGCUGAAGGCUUAAGGGCUAAUUAUGCUUUUUCUUUCUUUAAAAGGAUGGUAAGUCAACACACUUUUUCCCUUUAUCUAGGAAGUUAUUGUUGGUUGUACAUAGAUUUCUGAAAAUGGUAUAUUUUGGGGGCUGAUAAUCCACAUACAACAGAUGAGUGUUCCGAUUUUUAUGCUCUCUUAUUGACCAUUGCUUCGUUGUAAUUCUUGGCAAAGAAAAUAACGUCUUUACUUCGUAUUUAUGAAAGGCUACUGACCGCUGAUAUGGGCACGAGAAACUUGGCGUUGAACCUGCCUCUUCAAAAUCUUACCAUAGGUUGUUUUCUUUUUCAGCAAAAAGAUUAGUAUCAGGGACCACGGAAAAGUCACGGCUCAUAUUUUGACUGAAGAUGACAAACUAUUAUGUGCACUCACUGUCUUUUUUAGAUAAAAGCUUAAUUUUCUAUUCGUGAAAGAGUAUUAGCAUUAUAAGCAUAAUGUUAAACUAUGGUGAGUUGUGACCGAACAGGUGCAGCGAAUUUUCAUAAUGUUACAUACUUCUCAAUCUAAUGUGGAUCCUUGGGAUAUUAGAAAGCAACUUUCGGCAGAUGUUUGUAUUUGCUUUGUUGUUAUUAGUUCGAUGUGAAUGUUGAGAUUUGUGAGAGUCGAUCUCAGGAUAAUUAAGACUACCGCACUCAACAUAAUAAAAUCUCUUGAUAUCCCUAGUAUCCAAUGGAUGUGCAAAAAGAAAAUAUGGCAUUUAAGCUAUCCCUAUUUCAUCUCUUUUUAUCUUCUUAAAGUAUUUUUUUCUUUUAUGUGAAUCUUUGCUUUUAUCUCUUCUCGCUUCCGAUUCUCCUCAUACGAUUCUUUCGAAGAAAAUUCGAUUUUGCACGACUGGGUUUCAUUUUUCUUGAUGGCUCGGUCAGGUCUAAAGCUGAUCUAGUGCCACAAGUGGAUGUAAUAUGGUGUCUGGGCAAGACGUUAGCGCUGAAUGAGUUUUCAAAAUGUUUCUCACUUAUUGAAGUUAUAUUUAUUUCUGCUGUGAUAAUUUGAACUCUGUUUAGUAUUUACAGUCGUUUAAAAGGGUGUGUAUAUUCUUGAAGCUGUGGGCUAUUCAUAAAUUUCGAACUAUCAUUCUCAACAUAAAAUUUGAAUCUUGUGGGAUAUCAAGCUGUUUUGUCUAUCUCAGGUCCAUGUAUAUCGAAGCAGUUUCUUUGGUCUCAGUGUUCUUUAUUUUUUGUUGUAGCUAAUUUCCGAUAUUCUGGUAUAGGCAUACUCAAAUUGUUUCCUGGUUUUUCUUUCCGAAUUCUAGAUUCACGUCAUCUAAGAAGUGCUAGUUUAUGUCAUUAUGUUUCUUAGUUUGUAUGGAUUUUCAUAAA